GAGAUCUUUGUCUAGACCAAUUUCAUUCGAUUUUGACUCGAUUGAGUAGUGAAGGUGUGAAGGAAAAGCGGAGUAAUCUCGCGGUCAGUGUCCGAAAGUGCGAGCGUCAGUGAGUCAUCCAUCCGGAGUAUUAGGUCCGUCAUAUCUCCGAGACUCCGCGACCGAUUGUCCUUCUAUUAUUCUAUUUCCGCUUGCACACCUAUAUAGUCGCGAGUUUUUCGCGCCUGAUCCUCGCGCGGGAGUAGCGACCACAUUUAUGGGGGUGUCCGGAGAGUGCGCGGUCAAGGGCAGCAAAAGCAGCCACCCCUGUCACUGCUGCGGCCACGUCGGCAGUUCCGGCGCGAGCGUGCAACAUCCGCAGCAACAGCAGCAACCCUACGAGCCGUAUCACCAUCACCACCACCAGCACCACCACCACCAUCAUCAUCAUCACCAUCACGGCAAGCACGCCCCGCCGAGCGCGUUGCCGCAGCACAACAACAGCGGCGACAACAACAUCCUGGCACCGUUGCGCAGCAAGAUGAAAGUGCUCAAAAAGCUCAAGCGCAAGAUGGGUUUAGCGCCCAGGUCCUCGAGCGCGGGUACCAACAACCUGCCGCCGUUGACGUUUCACCACGUGCACGGUGACAACAUCAGGCUGUGCAACGGCGGUACGAUCGCCCGGAGGCAUGAGAGCUUUUGCAAGGGCGUCACUUUUAGCGCCAGGCCCGUGCGAGUAGGCGAAAAGGUUUGUGUCAAGUUUCUGGAGAUUUCCGACAACUGGAGCGGCGUCAUCCGCUUCGGUUUCACCAGCAACGAUCCGAUCAAUCUCCGAAGCGGUUUGCCAAGGUACGCGUGUCCGGAUCUGACGAACAAGCCAGGCUAUUGGGCCAAGGCGCUUGCCGAGAGGUUUGCAGAAAGAGAUACCGUGCUCUUCUAUUAUGUCACGUCGGCCGGCGAUGUGCACUUUGGCGUCAACGGUGAAGAGAAGGGUCUCUUCUUCAGCGGUGUCGAGACUCGAGGCCCGCUCUGGGCGAUCAUUGACGUUUACGGCAAUAGCACGGCAAUCGAAUUCGUCGAUCCGAAUCGUCAGCACUUCAAUAACAUACGAAGAGGUGCUGAACACAGCAACGAGGACAAUGCGCAACACAGUAGGCACUCGGCCAUGGACGACGCCAGCAAUGCUGGACGGGAUGUCGAAAGGAUCAUCCUGCCGUCUAUGCAAAGCAUGUCGAUUCAUCACGAGCCCGACGUGGAGUUACCCGGACUCAGGUUUCAACCCCCCGGCGUCAUCUUCACGCCUUUGCCCUUCCACUCCACUCGGGGCAGGAACAUCCGCUUCAGCAAUCAGCAGUGCGUGGCGACGCGCACGGAUACGGAGUUCUGUCACGGCUACGCGUUCACGGGUCGGCCGUUGCUGCUGGGUGAGCGACUGGUCGUGCAGAUUCUCUCGACGGAACCAAUGUAUGUUGGCGCCCUUGCUUUGGGUUUGACCUCAUGCGAUCCGGCGCGGCUCACGCCGGAAGACCUGCCGGAUGACAGCGACCUGCUGCUAGAUCGCCCGGAGUACUGGGUGGUUUCCAAGGACGUGGCAUCGAGUCCCCAGCCCGGUGACGAAAUCGCCUUCACAGUUACGCACUACGGCGAGGUGCAGAUGAGCAAGAACGGUGGUCCACCCAAUGUUGUCAUGCAUGUCGAUCAGAGCCUUCAAUUGUGGGCAUUUGUGGAUGCUUAUGGGAGUACUCAACGUGUAAGAAUGUUGGCCAGCAGACCGACUUCGCCGCCUCGGCAACGUCAGAGCAAUCCCUCGCCCGCCAAUGUCAUUCAGCAACAACAGCAGCAGCAACAGCAUUCGAAUCAUAGCAACGCCGCUACGGAACUGUCUAGAUUCUCCGAGAUGGUCCAAUUUAAACCGGUGGGUGGUGGAACCGUGCUCGUUGUGAAUCUACCGCCUCAGGCCGGUUAUUCGACGCCACCACCGCCCACGCCUCAACCGAUCUAUGCCUCCGCGACGCACAGGAAUCCACCGGCACAAUCGGUGCAUCUCUCUGCGGCGGCAGCUGUUCCCGCGCCAGUCCCACAUCCUGGAUCCUCUAGACAAUCCUCGCCGCCAUUAACCGGAACGAUGGCCAGCACUGGUUCGUCAACGUACGUCGAUCCGGUGACUUACCAGAGUCUGGAUGGCACUUUGACAUCAUCGCGUGCGGCUUCGUCCCACCUGCAGCAAUGGAGCGAGGGUUUGCAACCGACGCUAGCCGGUCAACCAAGCGAAUGUUCCAUCUGUUACGAGCGCAGCAUCGAUAGCGUACUCUACAUGUGUGGUCACAUGUGCAUGUGCUAUACCUGCGCGAUUCAGCAAUGGCGCGGUAAAGGAGGCGGUCACUGUCCACUUUGCCGGGCGCCGAUCCGCGAUGUUAUCCGCAUCUAUCGGUCUUGAACAGUUCAUUGCGAGAGAGAGGGAGAGAUAGAUAGAGCGCGGAUAUCUUCCCGGUUCCCAGCGUCGUUGUUGCCACCGCCAUCGUCCAUCACCGUGCUUCCGUCGUCUUGAUUUCCUUCCGCGUCGAAUCCGCCGCGCUUCAUCGCCGUUGCACUUCUCGCCCGUCUCGCGCGGCUGCCGGAACGAACGAACAAACGAAAGCAAAAAUCGAAGCGGAACUUGCCGUCUUCACACUGCCGUAUCUCUUUUUCUAUUGAAACGCGAGGCACGUUCCGGCAAGUAAAACAAAAUAAUAAUAGUCGAAGAAUAAAAUGUUUCCCGUGGAAUUUUCUCGAGGAUUGCAAAGCAGAGUUGCGCUGAACUGAAGGUUCAACAUUAUAAUAUUUAGGCAGUUUGCGACACGUCAGCGUGAUCGCGUCGCUGGGUCAAUUAACGCGUUGAUAGGUGGACCAUCGUAUUAUGCACAAAGGAAGCAUAGGUGCUUUCGAAAUCGCGAUCACUGCCACCAAUAUCAAUCGAGCGAGAACGCGAAGAUGAAUUGCUGCGGAUACGAACAAAUGAAAGAGAGAAGAGAGAGAAGGAGAGAGAGAGAGAGAGAGAGAGAAUAAGAGCGAUUAAAACCUGUAGUUGCUCGAGUUUGCUUGUAUAUCGAUAUUCUGUCUGCCAGUCUGUAUUGUGAGCAAGUGUGAAUCAUAGAAUGCGAAUUGUGCGAUUGCAUCAUCGACAAAAGAAAUCGAUCCUAGAUAUUUUCACAAACGACAUAAUCUUUACUAUACCAUUACCAAUUACUCUACUACCGCUCUAAACUAUCACUAUUACUAUUCUACUAGUACUAUUACUAUUUACUGCCGUACUACUCUUCCAAUCUUUAAUUAUUAUUAUUAUUGAUUAUCAUCAUCAUCAUUAUUAUUAUUAUUAUUAAUUAAUAUACUAUCGCUAUUAUUAAUUAUAUUAUUAUUAUUUGUUCGUUUAUUGUAACUGUCUUUAAUUACUCGCGAGUAGUUUCGUUUGUCACGACCGCGCUAUUAUUUUUAUGUUUUGCCGAUUAUAGUGAUGAUUGGUGAAUUAACAUAGUCACUAUCUCGUAGUGUGAUUAUUAUUUAAUGGACCGUGUGAUUACGUAAUACGAACUUUCCGAUCGCUUAGGACAUAUGGCUGAAUCGUUCCUGAAUCUCCUUUUAAGAUGAUGGAAAGAAAUCUCGUUGUCUCGUUUCCUUGUCGUAUAACGAUAAGGACAUGACGGACUCGAAGCCUAUAUUGUUCAUCCUUGAUUAUUUCCAUUUUGAAUGAAAACGCUUGAGCGUCCAUGAUCAUCACCAAUUGUUAGGCGGGGUUUUACCAAAGAUCUUAACAUUUCCCGCCUAUUUCCUCAUAACCAGGUCUUCGCGAUGUUGUAACGGACACGCGCGUGUAGGCAAAACAAUGGCGUAGGCAAUCGCCUUCAAUCAAGCUACUCGUUUUGUUAAUGUCGCGGCGUUCGAACAUUCGCUGUUUCAUGAUAUGGAUAUUGUUAAUACAUGGAUCAAUUAUCUGACGAUCAAUAAGAAACUUUGGCUUUUAUGUGGUGAUUCCUACAAAACGCAGCGAAGUACUGUGUCAACUUGGAAGAUUGCAACUCACAGCGAAGCCUUUUUUAAUACUUUUCUAAGUCGACGGAGCUUGAAAUUAUUAAGAAUUUAGAUUCGUUCCGAAUAUUGCCACGAAUACUGGCUUUACCUUUGACUUGUGUCAACUUUUGAACUUUUUAAUGAAAAGAAUCAAGAUCACGGUAUGGCAUUAAUUUCAUUGGUCUUCGGACUCGGAAAUUCUUGUUAAUCUCUUUUACGUCCAGCGUGUUUCGUUACAUAUUUGUAACCAAAUUUUUCGGAAAAAAAAUUAUUCAAAAAUUGUUGAUUCAUGUCUUUUGAUUUAUAAACAAGGAUGAAUUUAGCCUUGUUAGUUAAUAUUAACAAAAAAAUCCGUGUUUUAUUUUGCGAUUUACCUGUCUAAGAGAAGAAAAAAUUUUCCAUAAUCGAAAAUAAAUUUGAAAUGACGAAACAUUUUUUGAGCCAAGGGGAACGUUGUGUUUGACCUUUUUAAAGAGCUAAUUUUUAUCGAAUAUGAGAGAAGUGAGAAGAAAGAGGAGAAGGAGAAGGAGGAGGAUCUUUCCCCUCGAGUAUAUGAUAAUGGAUACGCAAUAAAGCGGUAGUGAAAAUCUCUAGUCCAGCGAGCGGCAAACUUAGUCUGCCAAUCCAAAAAGUAUGAUGAAAAGAAUGGGGUAAAAAAAUUUUUCUUUUUUUCUCUAAGUAAGGAAAAGGAAGAUAGAUAGAUACAGGGAGAUAGAGAGAUCGAAAAAUUUUAUAGAUAUGAAGAGAUGCAAAUUAUUACACGCGUCUGCCAACAACGGCGCGUCUAAGAUUCUAUUUAAAAAAAUAUAACGAGACUAUUAUUAUUCUAUUGAUACGAUAUGACGAUAAAGAACUGUUCCAAAAUAUCGUUGACGACGCGGCGAUAGAACGAGGAUAGAGAGAUAGACUAAGAGACACGCUUGAUUAUAAUUACGACAAAUGUUUAUAAUUAUUAUCAUCGUUAUCGUUAUGAUCAGUGUGAUUAGUUAUCAUGUUAUUCUGUCGUCAACUUCUCGUCAGCGUCUCAAUCGUCAAUCCAUGUUUCUAUUUCGUUUUAUUAUCGUUUUUAUUUUGUACGAUUAUACGACUAACUAUUUAAUUCGGCAUUAUCCACAGAGCUUAGUAUGCCCGCGAGAGAAUACAUUUUUUCCCCUUUGUCUCUUUGCAAUAUCUUAAGUUUCUCACGUAUCAGCGUAACACGCACAAGUACAGAGCGAUUUUUACACCACAUUUUACUACGCCUGAGGAAAGAAAUAAAAACAAGAAUUUUACACGCGAUGCGAGAGUUUCUUCGACCGUAAUGUAAAAAUACCGACGGAAAUUUAUACAUAUGUAAUAUAAUUCGCGCAGCCGUGUGCUGUUUCACACAAUAAAAAAAGCCUAUAUGUA